AUUUGAAAAAAAAAAAAUUAAUUUUGUUUUUUUCGUAAUUGUUGUUGUUUUUUAAAUUUUCUAAAAAGAAAUUUUUUUUAAUUUUUCCUUCAAAAAUACAAAAAAAAAAAUGUUUAUUUUUCAUUUUAUCAGUCUUUUGUUCUGAUGAUUUUUUGUUUUUAAUUGAUCGCGCAUACUUCCGAGAAAUUUUGUUUUUUUGUUGAGUGCUGCCACUCUAGUACCUUUUGAAUAAAAUAAGAAAUUUGUUUUUUUUUGUUUUUGUUUUGGGUAGGCAAUUUUUAUUAUUUAAAAUAUUUUAGUGUAGUUUGUGCAAUAGUCGGGAAAUAUGUGAGAAAGCCGCUUUAUUAUAAUUUUCUUGAAAAAACAAAAAAAAAUAUACAAAUCAAUAAGAAUUUGAAUUCAAAUAAAUUAAAAAAAUAUAAAAAAAAAUAUUAAAAGAUUCCUGAAUAAAAAACCAAACAAAGAAGUACGAUUAUAAUAGGAUAAGGUAAAAUACAAAAAAUCCUAAUAAAAAAAAAAACAGAAAUAAAAACAGACACCUCAAGAAUUACUGUAGGUCUUUUUAAAAUAUAUAAUUUUAUAUUUUUUUUUUCUAUUUUUAAAAUUAUAUUCCAACAAAACUGUAAAGAAAUAAAAAAUUAUCUUAAACAAAAAAAAAACAAAAAAAUCCAAUUAGAUAAUUAAAAAUGUGAUUAAUUAAUUUUGAAAACUAAAGUGAAAUGAAAAUAAAAAAAUUAUAAUAAUGGCUAAAUUUAAUCAUUAAGAUUAUUUAAAACAUAAAAACAAUAAAAUCAACCAUCAAAAUCAUUCCUUAUAGUCGGCAAAUUUAACCUAUAUCAACAUUUUAAAUAUAUAAAAAAAUAAAAUAAAAAAAAAAAAAAUUUUUAAUUUAAAUGAUCAAAAAAACAAAAACAAACGUAUAAAAAUACAUAAAAAAAAUAUUUAAAAUAAAUAGUCUGAAAUUAUAACGCAACUACAUACAAAAUAAGAGCACCCUACGCCUAAAUUAAAACGUAUGGAAAUUACAUACGCAUUCACAUAUACCAACCAGCAAAAUAUUUAAAAUUAGAUCAGAUAUCAUACACAGUUUUGAAAAAAAAAAAUUUUUUUUUGGCUAAACAAUAAUAACAAUAUGCCUAUAAGAAAUAUUUUCGUAUAAAAAAUAGAAAAAUUUCGUCAGGGAAAUCAUUUUAUUGAGAAAAUUAAAAUUUUUCAAAAGAAAAAAAAACAAAAAAUUAAAAAAAACUCAUUGAACCACUUCAUUGAAUCAAACAAACAGAAAUAUAAUAAGGAAAACUCAUCAUUACGAUCUGACGUACAUACAUGCACAUAUAUUUUAUAUUUUGCUGCUAUCGUUAUACAAUGGCAAUACACAUUCAUCUACUAAAAAAAUUUUCUCACAUUGAGACUUGAGUAUGUUUAAAAAAAGAGAAAAUCGAAAAGAAAACGAAAUAUCCCAUAACCAAAUUUAUUAUUUGCAGACAUAACCAACGGCAAUACAAAAAGAAAAUUAAUGAAAAAAUUUGUUGAAAAAUAAUGGAAAUUAUAUAGAGACUAUAGAGAAUACAAGUGUAGGUGUUCAAGAGAAAAAAAUAUCAUUUUGGAGACUUUUUGGAGACUUCACAUAUUAUUCGAAUGUUUUAGAAAAAAAAAAAAAUUUGUUGUUCAUCUUAAAUUUUUUGAAUAAAUUAUUAAAAUUUUCUACAUAUGAACCAAGAUUCUUAAUAUCGAAGUGUUGAUCAGAUGAAAAUAUUACAAGAUAUUUCCACAAUAUUAUCACCAUUUUUUAAUAUUCAUACUUAUUACUGAUUAAAAUAAGUCUGCAUGAAAAUUUCAAAUACUAUAAAAAUAUGACAAAUUGUUUGAGCAUCAUAAACAUUAUGUUCAGACAUUCUUAAAUUUCUAUUCAUUUUUAUAAAUUUUUUAAUUCAACUUAAUUAUCUAUAAUAAAUUAAAUAUAAAAAAAUAAUUCAUAAUGAGUAAUCAAGAAAGUGGUAAUGAUUCUGAUAUUGAUAAUACUGUAGUUGAAAAAUUAAUUAUUAAAAAUGAUGAUGGUAAUGAUGAUGGUGAUGAUACAAAAUCAAUACAAAUUGAAAGUGAUACACAAACAAUUGGUUCAACAUCAACUGGUAUAACACCAAUUCCAAUAAUAUCAAAUGAAGGUGAUGAUAAUAAUAAUGAUGAUAAUGAUGAUAAUUUAAGUAGCAACGGUAGUGGUAAUGAUGGCAGCAAUAGUAGUAAUAAUAGUGGUUCACCAAAAUUAACAGCUGAAUGGACUGUACAUGCUCAAUUAACAUUUAGAAAUAGAAAACCAGGUGAAAAAAUUACAAAUGUAACAAAUAGUACAACAACAACAACAGAGAAUAAUAAUAAUAAUAAUCAAAAUAAUCCAAUAAAAGUUUUUUAUAAAUGGAGUUCAAAUGAAUCAAAAGAUAAUGAAAAUCAAGAUGAUAAUUUUGAAAAUAGAGAAGAUUUAAAGACAUCAGAAAAUGUAUUAAAAGCUACUAUAACGGCAAUACCAACUGUAACAUCAACCGGUUCAACAAUAAAAAAUACAACUUCAAAAAUACCAUUAUUGGCAUCAAAAGAUAAAAAACGUCAUGGUUCCAUAGGAAAGGGACAGUCAGAAAGUUUUCGUUCGACAACUACAACAGUCGACUCUGGAAAUUGUUCAAAUCAAUCACCUAGAAAAGCUCCAAAAUAUGGAACACGAUGUAAAAGUACGUGUAACAUAAUAUUAUCAGCUGUAGCUGAUUUUAUACCAACUAAAAAUGGUAAAAUACCAUCAGACUCCGAGCCAUUAACAUUUAAUACUACUACUACAUAUACUGUAUCCCCAGAGCAGGAGGCAAGGGGACCACCUUCGAAAAAACCAUCACCACAUGAAUUUUCAUUUAGUAAAAUUUGUUCCUUACGUGAUGCUUUUUCCCAAACUAGUGAUACUGAAACAAAAUAUUUUCAAUCAAUUCCAUUCCAAACUUAUGGCGAAGAGGUAGGAAUUGAUCCAAAUGAUAAUAUUGAUGGAAAGAGAAAAAAACAACAGCCAUAUCAACAGAGACGACAUACAGAUUCUGUAAUGUCGUCACCUAAUCAUCGCAAAACUUCAUCGUUACCUGUCGAGGGGGGAAGCUCGUUUAUGCCCUCUUCAUUUAUAUCACCACCACAAACUCAUAAAUCUCCUUCGCUACCUAAAAUUCCUCCAUUACCCGCACAAAUGCUCCAGAAUUUAGCUAAUCAAAAUGCUUUUGGUUCAGCAUUUGAAUCUGGAGCAGGAUCAUCAUCAAAAUCCGAUACCAAGAAACCGCCAAGAACUGUUCAUAUUGAUGUUUAUUGUACUGGUUCGGAUGAAGAAGAAGAUGAAGAUGAUUUAGAUCUAUCAAUAUCAUCAGAUGAAAAUAAACAUGAUAUGGAAUCUAAUUCCACACCACAAACUGUAUUAGACACAGAACAAAUGUUACUUAAACAUCAACGAGCUGGAAAAACAGAUUUACCAAGAAAAUUUUUAAAUCAACAACAACAAUUAAAACAACAGCAAGAAGAGUUGGUUAAACAAAAAUCGCCUGGUUUACAGCGAGGAAGAAGUGCAAGUAAAAUUAGACCACCACAAUUUUUUGCAAAUCCUCAAACAGAUCCUAAAAAUGAAAUGUUAAUGAAUGUUGGACAUGCGAUAACUAAAUCAACUACAGCAGAAGAAGUCAGUGAAUCUAAACAAUUGUUAUUCAAAAAACAUAUUGGGGAUCAAAAAAAUAAUAAAUUAACAGUUCGUAAUAAUAAACACGUUCAUAGGGAUCCCAGUGAUGAUGCUAUCAGCUCAAAUUAUCCAAACUCGUCGCGAUCAACAAUGCGUGAUAUGACUUGUAGUAGUAUUUCUAGUAAAGCAAUGUCUUCUCUUGAUAUGGAAUCAUCUUGGAAGGAAACUGAAAUUAGCGUAGCUCGUACUGACAGUUUUGAUUAUGACAAUGCUAGUGAUCGUAUGAGAAUUCGAAAUAUGGAAAAAUUAUGGAGUGGAUCAAGUAAUGAACAAUCAUUUUAUCAGCCUGAUUUUUAUCCCGAAGAAUAUCACCGUCUAAAUUAUCGUAGUGUUCAACCAUCCCCAGAAACGCCCCCAUUUAGAAAUAUUUCACCACAAAAAUCUUUUCUUAGUCCAGCUCGAAGCCCUGAUACAUCGUUUAGAAUUCAAACAAAUCAAAAAUAUAAUUUAAGUCCUCAAAGUCAUCUAUACACUUCUCCACAAAGUCAUUCUUAUGCGACACCACCACAACAACCAUAUCCAUCACCUGGAGGUCAAUUAUAUACCCAAAAUUUACCUAAUUAUAAUGCAUCACCACAACCUUAUUUAGGACCUAUACACCCACCAAUUCAUACACAACGUCCCAUUUCACCUCAUCAAACAAGAAUUCAACAAUUUUUACAUGGUUAUUCACAACAAACUAAUGAACCAAUGCAAUAUGCAUGGCAACAACGACAACAUUCGAUAACACCAGAAUAUGAAUUAUUCCCAGAAUCUAACACACCAACUAAAUAUUAUGGAUUUUCAAAUCAAACUAUUCCUGAAAGAGAUGAACCUAUUAACAAUAACAAUAAUAAUAAUAAUGCAAGUACUAAAAACACUAGCCCUAAUUUUAAACAAUCAUCACCAAAUCAACAAUCAUCAGAACAAAAAUUCACAACAAUGCCACAAUAUCUUUCACAUCAACUUGCUCGAGCUCAACGUUAUGGUAGUGAAGAUCGUAAUCCAUUUGAUUUUCCAGAUAGAAGAGCACGUGUUAUGUUUACAGCUGACUAUAAUAAAAGUGGCAGUGAAUCUUCAACUUUACAAUCUAAUCUAUCAGGUUAUACAACAGAAUAUUUGGCAAGAGCAAGACGUUUUGGUAGUGUUGUAACACAAAUGCGUAAACCUGGUCAUCAUGUUGGACCAGCUAAAAAUCCUGAUUGUGAAUGUGAACAUUGUAGACGUUGGUUCAAUGAACGUUCAGGGUUUCAAAAAUCGGGUGAAGGUCGUGGCAGAGCAUAUUCAAUGGGUGACACACCCAAAGGUAUCUUUUGGUUGAGAAAAAAUCAAAGUUAAUUAGAAAUUUGCAGAGAGAGACAAAAAAAAAUUUGCAUUUAAGUGAAAAAUAGUAAAAAAAAAAAAUGUGUCAGAAAAUAUGUAGGUCGUUAUCACAUUUAAAGUAGUAAAUAAUAUUUUUUAAAUAGUUAGAAAUAUGAAAAGGGCGUUAAUUUUUUAAAUAAAACUCGAAAAUAUUACAAUUAAAUUUUUUAAAUUUUGAAUAAUACUAGUAAUUGUAAAUUCUCUGUGUUUAAUUGAUUUUUUAUGCAAUUUAUUUUAAUGCUUUUAAACAAAAA